AUGGCGGGAAUCGUGCCAAAGCCGUCCGGACCCAACAAGCUCUUCAACAACCCAGAGCAGGUCUUUGGUGAUUUCAGAGACGACAUCCUUCGAGAUGGAUAUGCCGUAGUCAAGGGUGCCGUGGCCCGGGAGCGCGCCGAAAAGUACGCCGAGGAGAUGUACGACUAUCUCGAGACUUUCAAGGGUGGUCUUGGCUUCAAGCGCUUCGAUCCGACUACAUACAAGGAGGAAUGUCUGCCCGUCAUCAACGAAAAGGGCAUGUGCUCGGGUUAUGGCGUCAACCACGAAACCUUUACAUGGGACAUUCGCUGCGAACCCGGCGUUGUCGACGCUUUCGCCAAAGUCUUUGACACGGACGACUUGAUCGUAUCGUUCGACGCCGUCAACUUUGCCCUGCCCAAGAGAAAAGACACCAAGGAAAACAAGCCGUGGCCACACCAGGACCAGGAUCCCGCGAAGCCUGACUUCCGUUGUCUCCAGGGCAUUGUCAACCUUUUGCCGAAUGGUCCCAACGAUGGAGGUCUGAUCGUUUGCAAGGGUGCACACAGACUGUCAAGCGAAUUCCACGAGGAGUUCAAGAAUGAAGUUGACCCAGUGUGGCGCUGGACAAAGGAAUGGUACGGCUUCUCGGACGCUGGAUUGGCCUGGUUGGAGAAGAAGGGAUGCCCAUGGAUCAAGAUCGAGGCCGAGCCCGGUGACUUGCUCCUCUGGGAUUCCCGCCUGCCUCACUACAACCUCAGUCCCACCGGCGACAGACCCAGGUUUGCCACCUACACCUGCUACAUGCCUGCAGCAGAUGCAACCCAGGAGGAUUUGAUAAAGAAGAAGGAUGCAUUUGAGAAGCAGCUCGGCACCACGCACUGGCCCAAUGCAGCACAUGUCCGAGAUGUCAGUCAGCCCUUGAUGCGGAAAACAGGCGCCUGCCCUUACAACGACGACAAGCCUCGACAGCCGAUCAAGUUGAGCGAGAGAGGCAUGAAGCUGACUGGCAUUCCAUACAUUGCCGCGAGUGCUUAA